CCUAGUUGUUCGUUGCCCUGGUUACCACAGACGCUAUACUGUGUCUGUAUGUGGUUGAAUAGUUACGACAAAACAUUACAGCAGAGAACCUAAAAAUUUUUGCAGAUAACGCAGGCAAACGAAAUGUUGAAUUCAACUUGAAUAAGACGCUUGCUAUUAAGGAUUGUGUCUCAAUUUAGCUACUGUAAAUCGAAAUGUUUAAUUCUGUUCGAAUCAACCCCCCGAUUGUGGAGUUCAUCAACGUAAAAGCAGGGGAAGUUUACAAUACCACGAUCACGGUGACCAACACAGGAAGUACCGCGAAAAGAAUGAGACUGCUGGAACCAAAGUCAAAGCUGUUCAAAUUUAGGGUGACUAAUACAGAAACUCCUAUUGCUGCUGGACUGGCCCUUUGUGGUACUCUAGAAUUCAGGCCUACUGAAGAUGAGGAGAUCCAGGACCGGCUGGUCCUUUUUCUGGAAGGCAAAGCCAUGGACAUACCAAUUUCAGCGUUCCCUCCUGCCUGUUCUCUCACCAUUGAAUCUCUUGUGGACUUCGGCUCUGUGACGGCAAACAGUCAGUUGGUCAGGAAAGAAGUGAAAUUGACCAAUCAGGGAUCUGCAGCAGGAGCAUUUCAGGUGCUGUGUGAUGGGAACCCAACCAUCGCUGUUUCUCCGACCAGUGGCAUACUGCAGCCUGGCGCCACCCUGUGGCUGAGGGUAGAUCUGUGCACUGACAAGCCCCGGAGUGUCCGCCUGGAGGCCCGAGUCAAACUGCAGAACAGGGAAGAUGUGGCCCUGAGGAUCCAAGCUGACGUUGUGGAGCAAAGCCUGGAGCUCCGGGACCUGGAGGCGAAGAGUCUCUCCUGCCUCCGCUUUGGCCCCACCUUCUUCGGGACGUCCAGGAUGGAACGGGUGGUGCUGGUCAACAAUGGGCCACAGGCCUGCGACUGGGUCGUGGUGCUGCAGGAACGAGCUCUGGGGACUGAAGUGGGGGUGGACCUUCAGAAAAGUGCCAACGCAGUGCUGUUGGACAGGAGUGUUGGUAACGGGGUCAGCCCUGUGGAUCCCUGCACUGUGAUCCAGUGUGUGCCCAACGAGGGAGAACUGAAUCCUUAUGGGAAGACCACUCUGUGGGUCUGCUUUAGUCCUGUCAGCGGAAGAAGCAGCAGGGAAGAGCUGGGAAGCAGCAGGGCCACAGGACCCCACAGACAGGACUACUGUGUCUUCCUGAAGUUUGAGAUGGUGGGAAUUAAAGAUGGCUUCCAGCACCAGCUGUGCUCAACUGUUCUAGCACAUGAUGAACGCUGGGUAGAGUUGGCUGUGACGGGCACAGCCCUCCCCGUCUCCCUGGUGCCUAGCCCCGGCCACAGCUUCAGCUUCAAGAAGUGCCUGAUGGGAGAGCGUGUGGACGUCUUGUGCAUGCUUCGAAAUCUAUCCAAUCUUCUUCCUGUCACCUUCAAGUUCAGAAAGAUGGCCAACUUCAACAGUGAACCAUCCAGUGGGACCAUACCUGCAGGACAAUGCCAGGAUGUAGUGCUGUCCUUCGCCCCCCACCAGAUCGGGUCAUUCAAGGUGAAGCAGGUACUGGAGGUGCUGGGUCACGUGGUGCACCUGGAGGCCUCCUCCGUCAAGCUCCGCCUUCACAGCUUUCACACCGUCACGCUGCACCUGAAUGCCGUCUGCCAAGCACAGACCGCCACUAUAACACCCAAACUCAACCCUGGAAUCACCCCAGCUGUAACCAAUGAGACGGGCCAGUGUGCCCGGGUGCCCUCCAGUGAGUUGGGUCGGUGUGCAGGGCUGGUCCGGGCAGCUGUUCUCAGCGCCGCAAAGACCCGGCUCCACAACCACAGUCUCUACCAAGGCCACCGUAGGAGCAAGAGUUUGGAUGCUAGCCAGCUGGAGCUACUGGCCUUUCCUAACGACCGAGCCUGCAGCCUCCGGCCUGCUUCUCCACACACCAAGUACAGGACCAUCUUCACGGGCGUAGAGCGCUACCGCUACGUGGACCCUGACUUUGCCUUUACGGAGGAGGAGGAGCGGCAGAGACAGAGUCACAGAGAUCACUACCUGACCUUCAUUAGGAGCCUGCGGAAGACACGCCUACAGAGAAACAACAAGAGGCUGCAAGGCGAGGUAGAGAACGACGUGGACAUUGGAAUCCGGCCGGCCGCUGGACUCCUCCCCCCCAAGCUGUCUCUGCACGAUCUGGAGUCCAUUCACAGCCAAGAUGGGCGGGGCUUGGAUUUGGGACAGAGCCAGCUCCCCUGCAUGCUGGCUGCUGUGGAGACCAGGUCCGCUUACAGACAGGUAGGCCAGUUGAGCGAGGGCAUCAACCCUGUGCCUACCACCAAGCAAGAGGUUUCUGACUGUGACCGCACGCUGACAGCUCAGCAGCUCCACCGAGUGGUCGUAGGACCCUCCUCUGUGGACUUUGGUGAGGUGUGUGUGGCCUCAGUGUGUGUGAGGAACCUGGACCUGGUGAACCACCUACAGGCGUGUGUGUGGGUACAGCUGGAGUUAGACCAGUGUCCAGAGCUGCAGCGGUCCAGCCCUCUGUCCCAUGUCCUCCCACCUCUCUCCAGAGCCAGCCUGCCCCUCGUCUUCGAGAGCACCAACCCGGGACGCUUUCACAAGUUCGUCUCGUACACAGUGAACAGGCAUCACCGGGGCCGCGUUCUGGUCCAGUCCCAUGUGGUCCCUGUGGCCCUGCAGUUGUCCCAGAGCCAGGUGGUUCUGACCCCGUCCCCCAGUUACCUGGCUGAGUCGGGUUAUCGCGGUACUGUGACCCUGGUGAAUUCCAGGAACCACCCGGCUGACUUCACCUGGAGGCCCGUCGUCACGGAGACGGGGAUCAGCUUCUCCAUUCGCCCCGCCACAGGUAUGGUGGAGGCGUACAGGGAGUUGGACUGUGAGGUAGUGUGGCAUCCUUCAUUCUUCUCCCCUCUGGAGGGUCUGUUUGAUCUGGUGGUUCACCAAGGAAACACAGAACACCUGCAGUGUUUGGCCGUGCUUGGGUCGACCAGUGUCCAUCUGGCUGAGAAGCACCUGGUGUUCAGAUCAGUACCACUCAACCUGCCCUCUGUCAGGACCACCACACUGCAGAACACAGGACUCAAUCACGCCUACUUCCAGGUUCUGGACGUGUACCCCCUGCCUGGCAUGACGGUGACCCCCACAGCGGGUGUUGUUCCUGUGGGCGGGCAGGCCGAGAUCCAGGUGCACCUGAAUCCCAGAGCUGUCAUGAAGUUUGACACCAGAGUGGAAAUAGCACUAAGGAACAUGAAAUCUCUGGAGCUACGAGUCGGAGGGUCAGUCGAACCUCCUCUGGUGGACAUCAAUAUUAAAUCCUUCCUGUUCCAUGGGGUGCAUUCUGGUUCCAGUCGUGGUGUUCCCUUCUGCCUGGCGAAUAAUUCCUCAGCGCAGGCCCGGGUCCAGUUUGACCUGUCAGAACACACAGACUUCACCAUUCAAUUCCCUGCAGACACUGCAGGUAGAAAGCAAGAGCAUUAUUGGAUUGACCUUUCAGGGCAGCAGACAGUUGAGUGUUGCCUGCUGUUCUCCCCCAAAGAGGUGGCAGCGUAUGACUUCAACCUGCCUGUGACGGUCAACGGCCUUGGGCGGUCCUCCUCCUCCUCCUCCACCCCUCCUGAUGUCCCCGGGUCCUCUUCUUCCAGGGCCCGACUUAUCGUCAGCCCGCGGCCCCAGCCGGUCACCAUAGUGUCGCUGUCAUGCCGGGUGCAGGCCACAGUCCUGCGAGCACCUCUGGAGAUGUCCUUAUCAAGCCUUCAGUUCGACCUGGAGCCUAUAGGCUCGCUUACCAGUCCUACACAAACUCAGUCUGUGGAGCUGAGGAACGUGUCAGAGAAGAAGGUGGUCUGGAGGUUUGAUUGCGCUGCUGCAGCACCACCAGGAGGGGGCAGCAGUGAGGGGCCAUUCGCCCUUUCCCCUACAGCUGGAACCCUGGAGCCAGGCCAGCGUGUCUCUGUCACUGUGUCAUCUGACACAGUGGACCAGAUCAGUGUAUCCAUCCCUCUGUUUCUGUCUGAGACUGGAGUAGAGGAGCAGGAGAAGGGAGAGAAGGGGGGAGUUCCUAACCCCUACAGGAUGCUGUCUCUCAGUGCCUUGCCUCACCUCCCCUGCAUCACCUUCCUCCCACCUCGGGUCCUCCUCACCCCUGUCCCACUGGACACACCCACUACCACCACCGUCUCACUACUGCCCACAGGGUUCCCUAGUGGUAGCUGUCUGCAUGUGAAGAUAGAAGAGGUGGUUCUGGAGGAUGGCAGUAGGUUGAAACCCCUCUCUGUCAGCCUCCCCCACAAUGGCAUCAUCCCAGCCCAGACCCCAAUCACCUGCACAGUGACCUUCUGCUCCUCACAGCCCCUGGCCCUCAGCUCACACAUCACCUUUCUGGACCAACUUGACAACCGGUUCCAGGUGGAGGUUUGUGCCACAGCAGAUAACUGUCUGUUAACCGUAUGGCCCUAUCUGGCUCUGCACUGCUCUGAGCAACAGAUAGUCCUUAAGAGUGGUCCUCUAAGCGGCUGCGGCGGUGAAUCAGGGCGCCCGGAGGUGACAGGAAAGGCGGUGCUUCAUCCACGCUGCUCGCCCAGUCCCCUCUCGUGCUACACCUCCUCUUCCUCCACCUUCAGUUUACUCGCGUCCACCAGCACCUACUUCAUCUCUGACUCUGUUGGUGAAAGCGGUAAGAGUGGGAGUCCAGGGUCAGGACUGGGGCCUGAAGGGAAGGAGGACUGGCCCCAGAAGGUGAGAGAGAGUGGAGGAGAGAGGGAUGGUGAGGGGGUCGUGACGGAUCAGCUGCCCCCGGGUGUGCCAGUCUUCCCAGAGCAGGACUCAGAAGAGGGGCUCUACCACCACCGUGUCCUGCAGGCUGUACAGAAAUGGUUCAGUCAGUUUGGCUGGUCCCGGGCACCCAAGCCCAUCUCCCUACCACACACUCUCAGGAAAGCGGUGUGUAAGACAGUGGGCUCCAGUUCUAGUGAUUAUCAUGUGAGCCUCGGUAAAGACAAAAGGACCAUCUAUGACAUGCUGCAUCAUCUCAGCGGGCAGACACUUCCUGGUGUGAACACCAGCCAGUCGCUGCCCGGUACACUCCCUGAGCGUGUGCGGCAGCUCAUCCACCAGCACACAAUGCUGUUGGCCUUCCUCAGGAUCCAAGGAGCCUGUUUGCCCCAUAUCAGGCCUGAGUACCUGUUAGACUCUCAGGAAUUCAGUCACUGGAUCUCAUUACAGGCGCCGCUAGAUCAGAACAGGAUUUUCUGUGGCUCCAACACCUUUGAGUUGUUAAGUAAACGGGCUUGGACUGAUGUUCUGCUGCAGACCUAUAAGGUGUUUGUUCUGCCGCGGGUGACUGAGAGUCCUCUGUCCACGGUUCUCCGGGGCUGUGACCAGGCCAGCUUGGAGAGGCAUAUCCCCAGAAUCAACCCCGAGCCCCUGUCCUCCAACGUCUACUCCACCUGGGAGAGGAGGCUCCUCACCUGGCUUAACCUGCACUACCACUCCAUGAGGACCAUCAUCUGGAGUCCACAAACCUGUGCUGGUAUGGAGGGAGCAGACGUCCCAUCAGCCCGCUGGGUGGUGAACUUUGACCUGGACCUGGCAGACGGGCUGGUUCUGGCUGCGGUGCUGGCAGCCUACUGUCCCUUCUUGAUCUCCGGCCACCUCCAGAGGAUGUAUACCAGCAGCAGCCGUCUGGACCAGAACCAUCACAACAGCGUGGUCCUGUGCCGGGCCUUCACACAGCUCGGUCUGGACGUGGACAUACAGCCCACAGACCUGUCAGACCCUAACCCUGUGCAGAUGUUAAUGCUGUGUGUGUGUCUGUAUGAGCGGCUGCCACAGUAUCUCCCCAGGACAACCAUCACUCUGACCGGCACCCUGCACCACACCUUCACCAAGCAGGUGCGUCUGAAGAGCUCGUGCUCCAAACCGGUGAUGUACCAGGCUUUCAUGGUGGGGAAGGAGGCCCAUCUUUUCUGCCUUCCCCAGGGGCCUUCCAUCAUCAUCCCUCCCAAGGGUCGUGUUGUCGAGUUGACAGUCCAGUACACCUGUAAAUUCCUGAGGCCGAUGGAAGCGGUGCUACUGUUGACGUCACGCUCAACGAACGGCCCCCCUGGGGUCACUAUGGCCUUCAGAGUCCAGACCCAAGUCACAGAAAUCAACCCCAGUGGGAUAGUGAAGUGUAAAUCACCAUGUUACCAGCAGAAGGAGCUCCAACUGAAAGUAAAAAAUCCUUUCAGCAGCGAUGCCAGUUUCAGUGUGGUGUUGGUGGAGUCCAGAGUCAACCUGCUACAAGCAGAGGAGGGGAAUCGAUUCAGCCAUGAGAACCUCCUCCCACAGGUCACAUCUAGGACUCCCUGCAGUUCAAACAAUAAGACCAGGAGUGAGGGGGAGGAAGGUGAUGACUGUGGUGUAAAUGACUUCUUCAGCACCGUCAGGAGUGUAUUUCUGACGGCUGGACAGACGGAUACAAUCAACAUGCUCUACCUGCCUUUCCGCCCGGGGACAAGACACUGCUCCGUCUUGCUAGUCAACCAACAGGUUGGUGAGCUGGUGUAUCUAGUAAAGGGGACAGCAGAUCUCCCUCUUCCCUCUCCACUAACCAUGAAGCCCAGUCCUCAUAUAGUUCACAUGAACAGCGCCACCUCUGGCGGAGCUCAACCGCUGCCGCGGGUCAGCUUGCGUUGUGGCAUGGGCAGCACCCUGGACGAGGUGGUGUGUGUCCCGCUGGUCAACGGGCUGUGGGAGCGGGCGCUGGCCACCGUGGGGGAGCAGAGACGCAGCCUGACACACACACUGGACAGCAGCAGCAUUAGGGCCGGGGUGGCGACCGUCGCGCUCCCAGCCUCGCAGGCCCUCCACGUCCAUGGUCCAGCCCAGUCACAGGUGGUGGAAUACAGUGUGGAAGUGUCUCUACCGGAACACUUUCUGGUGCCUGACACCGUCUCAGUGCCUGUGGCUGGAGAUGCACGAGUCACACAGGAAAACACCGCAGAAUCUGAGGUGGUGCUAAUGCCUCUGAGGUUCCACGGCCGCGAGCCCGGACGGUUCUUGUGCCAGCUGGUUCUGCGUUCGUGGCGUGACAUCAGGGUCCACCUCUUGGAAGCCGUGGUUACAGGCGAGGAGGGCCACUUCCAGCUCGAGUUCACCACACCCACUCAUCUAUCCGUCACUCAGGAUAUCCCUCUGACCAAUGAGAGCAGCCAGGACUGGCGUGUGCGUGGAGUGGUUAGGGGGCAGGACUUCUACGGCCCUCCAGUGGUGUAUAUCCAGGCUGGACAGAAAGUCUGUUACCCACUCACCUUCAGGCCCACCACACAGAGCACUGUUAUUGGCCAAUUGUCCUUGCUGAAUGACACGGAGGGUACGGAGCACAGCUUCACCCUGAGAGGUGUUGGCUUGCGCCCCCUCCCCCUGGACAACAUGGUGCUCCACUGUCCCGUGGGUCAGGUGACCCAGAGCACCCUGCAGGUCCCCAACUACACCAGACACCCCCUCAACUGUCAGGUGGUCUCAGACCUCUCUAUUGUCAGUGGACCGCCCACUGUAGACAUCCAAUCAGGUAACAGCGUCCCGUACACCCUCUCUGUGUCGCCAUGGAAGCGAGGAACGCACACAGGGUCAGUGUCGUUCGUUGCAGUGGAGCGUGAGGGGGGGAAGGAGGAUGAAUGCAGGCCCUAUGAGGUGUGGUAUUCAUUGGAGAUCAUAUGUGACCCUCCUUCACCUUUAAAGGUGCUGGCCGUGCAGUGUGCUGUUCAGAGAUCUGUUGCUGUGGAGAUCCCCCUGAGUAACCCAGAGGCGGAGCCUCUUGAGUUGGAGGUCUGUCUGGAGGGCGAGGACCUGAGGGGAGACAACCGGGUGUGUGUCCCUCCUCGGAGCAGUCUAACCUACACAGCCUCCUUCUCCCCAGGGGUGGUAGGGACGACGACAGGAAGUGUAAUCUUCCAGUCAGAGCUGGUGGGAGAGUUCUGGUACCGGCUUGAUCUCCUGGCCGAACCACCUCCUCUGACCACCCUGCCCGAGAGCAGCUGUGAACUGGGGAAGUGGACCAGGCUAUACAUCCCGCUGGUCAACCCCACAGACCAGACACUGGAACUGGGCACGGUCAACAGCAACCCCCAACACUUCACUCUUGAACUAGACGCCAGCCGACCUCUCAUUGUAGGACCACACUCCUCCACCCAAGUUCCUGUCCGUUUCAGCCCGUCAACCAUCGGUGCAGGAAACCACAUGGCCCGAGUCUCCUUCACUUGUUCUCAGUUGGAGCAGUGGAGCUUCCAGAUGUGUGGUCGAGGCCUGGCUCCUGGACGGAUGGAGGCCCUCUCUGUGGCCUCCCCUGUGGGCUCUCAGUCCUCCAUCAUCAUCCACUUCCAGAACCCUACUGAUCAGGCCGUCCUACUGAACAUCUCCCUUACGGACAUAGAGCCAGGUCAGAACAGCUUGAGCCAAUCUUUCAUAUGUGACAAGAAAGUCUUCUGCAUCCCGCUCAAACAAACACAAGGUGUGCAGGUGUCUGCUGGGGACAGUUUGGAGAUCCCUGUGGUCUUUGCCCCAGACUCCAUGCAACUGCAUCAAGCCUGGCUCAUUGUCCAGCUGGAACCAUUCUACAACCACCCCGACCUGAAAACACCACUCACCCCCACGCAGAGGGACGAGUGCGUGGUGGUAGAGGAUGAGCAGAUCCGUUCAGUUCGUUGGGUCUACCCUAUCCAUGGUAUCCCAGAAGCCCCUCCAAAACGCCCUAAUCCAGCGGUGAUAGAGUGUGAGGCUCGUAGUCGUGUGGAGGAGAGAGUGGAGGUUUUGUUGACUGGGUGUGUCCCAGGAAGCUUUGUUCCUGACACAGUCACACCUCACAGUAGCACCACUUUGGAAAGCUCCGCCGGUUCCGGGUUGGCCCUGGAAGGUUUCUCGUGCGAGAUGCGUUAUAACAGCGACGCCGAGCGGAGCCAGCUGGACCACUGUGUCGCCCUGUCUCCACUGGACUGUCACAGAGACCCCCACUCUGGCCUCGCCUCCCUCAGCGUCAACCUCGUCUUCGCCCCCCACAAACCUGUCAGGUGUUCAGCUAUGCUGACAGUCCAGUGUGUGACAGGUGGUCUCUGGACGUUUCCCAUUAGCCUAGUGUCCACAGAGCCGCGGGUCCACGAUGUUAUCAACAUUAAGGCUGCUGGGCUCCACAAGACCUCCUCAGUGGGUUUCAGGCUAACCAGCCAGACCAGGUACCCAGAGCCCUUCACAGCAGGGUUUCUGCCAGGCGGAGGGAGUGAUUUCCAGGUGUGCCCCACCUCAGGGGAGCUCUUCCCAGUAGGAUCAGAGGGUACCCUGAUUACCAUCUCCUUCACUCCCAGCAUGUACAGCAGAAAACAUAGUGCCGCACUUCUGGUGCAGACAGCCAACAUGCAGUGGACGUACGAUGUGAGAGGGACCAUGCCUACGGACACCCCGCCACGCUCUGCCUCCUCCAAUGGAGUGAGCUUCUCCAGGGAGCCCCUGCCCGCUGAUGUCCGCCAAAGGAACUUUGUGUCGCGGAACUUGCAGCUCCCUGCCAUGGCUAACUCCUCCCCUUUCAAACACAGAGACUCCAUCUCACAGAUCAGAUAGACAGACAGACAGACAGACAG